AAUACAUUUAAGAUAUUCAAUGAAGGCAUUAAGAUUCAAGCAUCUAUAUGGAGAAGAAAUGAAAUCAAAGUUUGAAUAAGUAACACCAACCACCAUCACUUGUGACUCCACCAUGGUCAAGGUAUCAAUAUUAACUAAAAAAAUACUAGGCCAAUUCUUUAUACACAGCCCUUCUUUGGUAAACCGGUGGUGGCGGACUUGUUUGUGUUGUUAAAUCCGAUAAACCCGCUAAGCUUCCUUUUGACACUCCUAUGAUCAAAGGACAUUAAGGUUUUAUAUUAUGUGGAUUAUUUAGGUACAAUAUUGGAUUUGGAUUGGUAUCCUUUCGAUGAUGAGUACUUGGCUACUUCAUCUUAAGAUCAAAACAUUUGUGUUUGGAAAAUUAAUGAUUUGACAAGUGAUAUCACAGAGCCUGUAACAACAUUAUCAGGACACGAUAAAAAAGUAUUUCAAUGGAAUAAUUAUUAGGUCAACUUAAUUUCAUGGAAUCCAACCUCUGCAUGGGUCUUAGGAUCAGCUGCUCAUGAUCAAACAGUUAAAGUUUGGGAUGUUCAAGGAGGUGCAGCCAGAAACACAAUCAAUGCUAAUGCUUUGCCAUAUUCUAUUGAUUGGAAUCUUAAUGGUUCAUUAAUUGGGUCAUCUUGGAAUGAUAAAAAAUUGAAAAUCAUAGAUCCAAGAUAAUAGACAAUAACCUUGGAAGUCAACGCCCAUUAGGGAACCAAGCCAUAGAGAUUUGCUUGGUUGGGAUCCACUGGAUAUUUCGUAAGUGUUGGAUUCAACAAAACCCAAGGAAGAGAAUUCUCAUUAUGGAAUGCCAGCAACCCUUCAGAACCUGUAUCAACAACUCAAAUUGAUACAGGAAGUGGAGUCCUCUACCCAUAUUGGGAUGAAUAACUCAAAGUCCUUUAUUUAACUGGUAAGGGAGAUUCCAGCAUUAAAUAUUUUGAAUUCCUUGAUGGUUAAUUACAUUUCCUAAAUCAAUACACCUCAAAUAAACCUGGAAAGAGUUAUGCAUUUUUCCCCAAAAGAGCUGUGGAUGUGAGUAUCUGCGAAGUUAACAGAGCGGCUAAAAUCGAAGAGAAUGCCCUCUCCUAUGUUCAACUCAUUGCUCCAAGAAAGGCUAACACAUUCUAGGAGGAUCUAUUCCCUCCUUGCCCAGGAACACAACCAGCUUAAGUAUAGUGAAUAUGCAUAUCAUUAGACUGCUGCUCAAUUCUUCUAAGGUCAAAAUAGCAAUCCAGUAUUAAUCAGUCUUAAACCAGAUUAAUAAUAAUAAUAACAAUAACAGUAGUAAAAUGUUGUUUUUACAUAAUAAUAACCAAAACCAUAACAAUAAUAGUAAUUAACACAACCAGACAACUCAAAAAUUGUAAUUUAAUUUAUUAUUUUAAGGCGUAAUUAGAGUAGAUUGUUUAAAAUCAAUAAGAAUAGAUUAGGGAUUUAUAAGCAUAAGUUGAAAAAUUAAAUCAUGAGAAUCACAUCCUAAAGGAACAAUUAAAUUAAUAUGAAUAACAGAAAUAUUGAUUAUUUAUUCAUAAAUAUGCAUUCAAACAUUAAUAUUAUAC